AUCCUAAGCACCGGGUAAAAAUAAAGGCAUUCUGUCCAUAUUCAACUACAAAAAAAUAUUUAAAAACAAAAAAAGAUUAAUUUAGUAGGAACAGAGAUCACUCAGAAUCAUAUACUAUGAAUGGGUCAGAGCUCACAAUGGGAACUAUUUCUUGGGGUCAAAGAUUAGGUAGGAUUGGAUAGCAAGGAGAUUGAUUUACUUCUUGAGGCCUAUGUGCCCACUGAGGAACACUUGUGAAAGAGGAGUUCCAGAAAUGCUUUGCAUAACCACAGCAAUACUGGAAUAAGUCUCUUAUACCCUUCCAAGGCAACUAUUUGGAAAAAGUUAUUAUUCAUUUACAUGAACUUUGGAAUUUUUGUUUUUGAAAAAAUAGUCAUGCAGGGAUGGGGAAGUAGCUCAGUGGUAGAGCACUUGCCUAAUAUGCACAAGGCCCAGGGUUCAAUCCCCAGAAAUACAAAAAAGAAAAAAUAAAAUUAGUCAUGCAACAUUACAGUCAUGCCUCAAAGCCAUACAUCAAGGAAGUAAUAAUUUGAUCUGAAUGAAAAAUGUUCAGGAGUCUUCAAAAAUCAAGAAUCACUUUCCUUUGCCAUUAAUGCUGGAAUUUAAAUGAUUAGAGGAGAGACCAGUAUGAGUUAGUGUCCAUUUGUCAAAUGCUGUUGUGCGUGCAUGAAAGUAAAAUUCAAAUCCUGACCUUCCCAGUUCACUUGUGCCCUGGCAGCUGUUCUUUUUUACCAUAAAUCCAUGGUGGAGAGGAAAAGCAGCUCAAUUUUACCCAAAGACAGGUAUCCAUGUUGCAGUCAAAAGGGCAACCACAGUGUUUGCAAAUGAAAGCUGGUGUUGCUUCUUGGCAUGCAAACCUGUGUAUCCCCACUCACUUAUCAGGGUCAAGUUGACUUAAAAUAUCCUUGGGAGGGACCAUGAGAAGUCAACAGCCUUGGUAGGCCAUGGCUAUCCACCCAUCUAUUUUUGUGGUCAUAAUAGGGAGGUUUGGGAACCCAGAUAAACCCCAGUUUCCUUUUCUAGGCCUCAGAAGCAAGCAUCAGACUUUAUCUAUAGGGAUAGGCUCUGCAACCCAAAGCAGUGACAACCCUUCUCAAAACCAUCUGACUAAAGUCCCCACCUGCUACCAAGACCCGGAUGCAGAGUCUACAGCCUGACCCAGCUGCUCGAUAUCGCAAUGUGUUGGAGGCCCUCAGAAGGAUUAUAAGAACGGAGGGCCUAUGGAGGCCCAUGCGGGGGCUGAACGUCACAGCGACAGGCGCAGGGCCUGCUCACGCCCUCUAUUUUGCCUGCUACGAAAAGUUGAAAAAGACAUUGAGUGAUGUAAUCCACCCAGGGGGCAAUAGCCAUAUUGCCAAUGGUGCAGCCGGGUGUGUGGCAACAUUACUUCAUGAUGCAGCCAUGAAUCCGGCGGAAGUGGUCAAGCAGAGGAUGCAGAUGUACAACUCACCAUACCACCGGGUGACAGACUGUGUACGGGCAGUGUGGCAAAAUGAAGGGGCUGGAGCCUUUUACCGCAGCUACACCACCCAGCUAACCAUGAACGUUCCCUUCCAAGCCAUUCACUUCAUGACCUAUGAAUUCCUGCAGGAGCACUUUAACCCCCAGAGACGGUACAACCCCAGCUCCCACGUCCUUUCCGGAGCCUGUGCAGGAGCUGUAGCUGCCGCUGCCACAACCCCACUGGACGUUUGCAAAACACUGCUCAACACCCAGGAAUCCCUGGCUUUGAACUCAAACAUUACAGGACACAUCACAGGCAUGGCUAGUGCCUUCAGGACGGUAUACCAAGUAGGCGGGGUGACCGCCUACUUCCGAGGGGUGCAGGCUAGAGUAAUUUACCAGAUCCCCUCCACGGCCAUCGCAUGGUCUGUGUAUGAGUUCUUCAAAUACCUGAUCACUAAACGGCAAGAAGAGUGGAGAGCCGGCAAAUGAAGGAGCACUGUGCAGCCAGGGGUGGACAGCACCGCUGCGUCCUGCCCCCUCCAGCCAUGUUCUGUCUCCUGGCGCUCCAGCCUUGAGUGGAGUUGGAAGGAAGGGAGAGGGCCUCCCGGGCUCUCAGUGUCUUGGCUAACACCAGUUCCUGCCAACCUCGUUGCCUCCACCACCUUUCCUUCAGGCCUUGGGCGAGUGCCGCACAGCACCCCUCAGCACUUCUGUCGACCUCCAUCCUGGGCCUGGUGACCUGCUCUAGACUGUUAUAGAGGGCUAAGCAGCACAUUCCCCUGGUUCCUAAUAAAACCUUUAAA